AUGUCCUCCUCAACAACCCCAGACUCAAACAUCAACCACGCCACCUCCCUCGAAUACUGGAACAGCAUCCCACCCACCGUGAAUGGCAUGCUCGGCGGAUUUCCGCAAGUCUCGCGCAUCGAUCUGCGCGGAUCAGCCAGUUUUCUAGCCAAGAUUAGACGAUUGAUUCAGAUCGAACAGUCGUCGCAAGAAGAGGAGGAAUCGAAUAAUAGUAAUAAUAAUAAUGAGGAGGAGGAUGUGGCGGGGCAAUCGAGAAGAAGCAAAAAACUCAAACGAGGCGUUGAUUGUGGUGCGGGUAUAGGGCGCAUCACGGAAGGAUUUUUGAGGAACGUGUGCGAGACGGUGGAUGUCGUUGAGCCUGUUGCGAAGUUUGCGGAGGUUAUUCAGAAUGGUCCUUUGAUUAGGAAGAAAACUACAGCUACAACCACGACCGAUGGAACUACUGAAGGCGAAGAAGAAGGAGUAAUAGAAAAUAUCUACAUAACCGGCCUCGAAACCUGGCUUCCGGAACACAAAUACGACCUCAUCUGGAACCAAUGGUGUGUCGGACACUUGACCGACGCCCAAUUGACGACAUACCUCCAACGAGCCGCAAACGCAUUAACGCCUAACGGGAUUAUAGUACUCAAGGAAAAUAAUUCUACAGACCCGGCAGGAAGGGAUAUAUAUGAUGAAAUUGAUAGUAGUGUCACAAGGACGGAUGAGACGUUUAGAAGGAUAUUCAAAGAGGCUGGACUGAAUUUGAUCAAGGCGGAGGAGCAGUUGGGGUUUCCGAGGCAUUUGGGGCUGUUGCCUGUUAGGAGUUAUGCGUUGAGGGCAGUGCGAGCGUCAUAG